GUGCAGUUCUGAGCACUGAGUAAAGACGUCGGUAACUUUCAGUGUUCAUUUGUAUUUUUAAAGCAUUCCAGUUGUGGGACAGAUUCUGUUCGUUCCCAACUCAAAUUUUUCAUCAUCUGGGAGUGCAGCUGCGUGGGGCUGCAGUAGCGUUUUGUAUUCAUGUAUAAAUCAAGGGUUUGAAGAAGGGAGGAAGUAAGUGUUUACUUUUUCAAGGAUUAAUAGAAACCAGGUGGACUCCACUUCUCUGGUUAUUUUCACUUCAAGACACACGGAAAGUAGGCUUGGCUACUACCUUAUUUGGACAUCAAAAGCCGCAGAUGUGUGCGAAAUAAACUGCAUGCUUUUGGACUCGAUAGUUUCUCCUCCUGUUGUUUACGGAGCUAAAACUCGGCAUGGGGCCGGCUGGAGCUUUCCUGUCAAAGCGCAGCGCCGUGUGAUCAUCGGCAGUCAUGAGGCUCCGCUACCCGGAGUGGUUUUAAUCUGGAGCCUCGCUUCCCCUGACGUGGAAAACCUUUGCCUGCUCCAGUCUCUGCGGUAUUCCUGGUUGUGAAACUGCGCCUGGAUGUUGGCGCACACUGAUCCAACUGAUUACAUUUAAUUUCCGGAGCGCGUUUGUGUUGGAAACUUGGAAACUAUGCUUGUUUUUAUGGAUUUACUCAUCUCAAAUUUUCUUUAUGAUGAAAUCGCUGACAUGGAUAUAGUUAUUUACUUUGCGAAACAUUUUUAUCUGUUUUAAGUAGACACCCCAAAACGGUACUGGAGACCGUUUAAGCGUAGCAUGAAACUUGGGCAUCUAGUCGUCCCGCCGCUGCCUAACUUUCAGAAGUGCGCUUUUAGUCCAAAUACCUUUCCUAUCACUUUUUAACGGUUUCAGAGUGCGGGAUGCGGGGUCGAAGCCAACAUUCCAAAUGAUAUGCCGCUUGUCCGGAACCUUCAAAGCUGCAAGAGAAGCGGGGAUGUUCUGUCGGCAGCUUUGGACGCUCCGCCGUCGCUGUUGUCCGCGUUCAGUGCUGCUCGUAGGAGUUGCGUUAUGCCUCGUCUACCAGACCCUGGCGGUCGCCCGGAGUCGGUUGAAGGCUAGCCCUACCGUCUCUACCCUGCCGAACAAGUCAACGGAGCCUGUCGAGCAGUUUGGGCAAUUAUUGAUCAAACACCCAGAGCGCCUUAAUUCUAUGAUUGGAGGUUUGAAAAACGAAUCCUCAAAUGUCCAGCUGAGCCCGUCGGGGCGUGGCAGGAAGGCGGUGGUGCUGAUUGGUCAGCGCGUCGCCGCGGAUACGGAGGUGCAGCUGUACCUGCGGGUCCUGCAGGAGCAGGGCUACGCAGUCAGGGUGUGGCGCUACGCGGAGGCCAGCGCUGCUCUGCGGCGGGACGUGGGCGCUCCAGGUGGCAGUGACUGGGCGCUGCUGCUGUGUGUGCCGGGCGGGUCUGAGCGGGUCUGCAGCAGCAGGGCGGAGUCUCCGCUCCUCCAGCCUCAUCAGAGGGUGAGCGUCAUACCUGAGCUGGACCGGGCGUUCUCUCACCUGGCCGGGCUCUGCCGCUUCCAGAGCGACAGCAGGCUGUCAGGACUUGAAUUUCCCAUCAUUCCCUCUGCCUGUGAGCAGCGGAGAGACAGCGGAAGCCCAGCCACACCGCAAUGGACCCCACCCCACCCUCCCCUGGGCCUCGCCGCGGGACGCGGGUUCGUUGCCAUGGUGAAAGUGUACGUCCUCGUCACCUCGGUGACGCCCCUCACGGCCUUCCUCCACCGCACCGGCCUGGUCAGGACGGACCUCUCCAGCAGCGGCUACGUCUCCAAGCUCCAGUCCUUCCUCCUGAAGCACCUGGGAGCCGACGCCCCUCUGGCCCUCGCCAGCGUCAGGGAGGCGGUGGGCGGAGUCCUCCUGGCUGCCACGGCGACCGUCUCAGCAUCCCAGCCCCGAAGCAGGUGCGUCCUCUGUUUCCAGCUGCUGACGUUCACCCUGCACUUCAACGGCUCUCUGCUCCCCGAGAUCGUCCAGGUGCAGAAGGACUUGCACUUCGAGGACCUGGAGGACCCAGACUUUGAAGGCCAGAUAACCAAAGAGCUCAUUCUAGAAGACGCUCUCAAGUUCCUGCUUCCUCCGACCACAGAAAACCCCGACCUAACGAAGCUCUUCUCUGAGUCAGGCACUCCGAUUGGAGAGAAGUACGGUGGCUGUGUGGGGACAAACGGAGCCUGUCUGCCUCCUGGUGAGGCACAUCUGCUCCUCCAGUUUGCACACCAGUUGAGAACGGGGGGGCCCUUUAAACUGCUCUACCCCGCGACCUCUCCUGGCCUCACCGCCCUCCAGCACCAUCUCUCCCAAAGGUUCCGCACCGCAGGGAAUUCUGGGACAGGAGUCCUCCUGGCGGGGCUGUUGAGCUGGGUCCUCAACCAGACAGGGAUGGGUGAUCCAGAGGGACCCAGAGGAGGCACUUCAGCAGAAGGUUCCCCAAAUUCCCUGUUAGAGAAAUAUUACUCACAGCGGUCAGACUGUGGUCACGACAGGUGCUCGGACCCCCACCUGCGGCAGGUGUACACAGACCCCCCGCUGGCCCUCAGCCCCCCGUUCAGCCCCGGGGUGCGGGAGUACCAGGCCGAGGUGCCCUUCGACACGGUCACCGUGAGGAUCAGGGCGGAGCCUGUGGACUGCAGCUGCCAGGUGCACCUGGACGAGCGCAGGGGGCCCAGAAUGGCUAACUACCCCGUGGGGCUGGGCAGCAGCAGGAUCAGUAUCCUGGUGACGGACGAGUCGGAGGCGGAGCCUGUCAUCAUGACGAUCUACACGCUCAGCAUCUACCGGCAGACCCGGCCCAGCCUGCCCAUGUUCAGCGAGCACGUCACCUGCGGCUUUGAGCAGGACUGUGGGCUGCUGGUCCAGCCCGACCGCCCCUGCGGUUUGGAGCCUCUCUCUGGGACACCAUCUCCAGGCGAGCCCCAGGUUUAUGAUCGGGCCUGUUCUUCAGGGGAUGCUCCAGGCCGGUGGGUGGUUCCUUGUCUCAGUUGCUCUGACAACCGGACCUGUGACUGGCGGGAGGUAUCCUGGCAACCCUACGGCUGCCGCCACCCGGUGCUGACCCGGCCGCAGCUGCAGAGCUGCUUGAUGGACAGGAAGGUCCUCUUCAUUGGCGACUCCACCAACCGCGGGAUGAUGUACUACCUGAUGGAGCGAGUCAACGCCACGCUGCAGGACUGGGACAAGGCCCACGACACCAUCGUCUACCACAACGUCAACCAGGGCCACACCCUCAUCAGCUACUCCUACUACCCCCAAUUCUGGCUGGAGAAGGCCCGGAGGCCCACCUUCAAGAGGGCCCUGGAGCUGCUCAUAGAGAGGUCCCGCCCCCUGGAGGACUCCGCCCAGACGGUGCUGGUUGCCGGGGGCGUCCAGUGGCUGAACACCAAUCACCUGACCAUCCUGCACCAGGUGCUCAAGAGGGAAAACCUGCUCAACAUCCUGGUGGUGGUAAAGUCUCUGGGAAUGGGCUUUCAUCUUCCGGUGGAUGGGAUUCGCUCACUGUCCCUUCGUGGAGUGCAGGAUCUUUACAGCGUGAACGAGAACAUUCUCACAGCUGCAAAGCACUAUGGGUAUGAGGUCAUUGACACCUUCCGCAUCACAAUGGGGCGCUACAAAGAGUUCCUGCAGGGGAAGUGUGCCUGCCAUUUCCAUGAGGUUGGGAGGCCGGCGUCCUCCCCAGCGCCGCUGCACAGACAGAUGAAGCUGUUUGGGCAGGGGGAGGAGGGCAGAACCGGCCCCAGCACAGCCGGGCCUCAGCAGGACCAGCGGCCCGGACCCGGACCCGGCUCGCCCUACCACGUGCACGGCCCUGUAAACCAGGUUUACUCUGAGAUCCUGCUCAGCCGCCUGUGCGCCAGCCCGAGAAACAGCACCCUGCGGCCCCACUGACAGCCUACGCACCGCACUGUGUGUGAGAGAGUGAGAGAGUGUGAGAGUGUGAGAGUGAGAGAGUGUGAGAGUGUGAGAGAGUGAGAGCGAGUGUAUUACUUCCAUUAUCCAGUCAAAACCUAUGGGGAGGGAGGAGCCAAAAAUGAUUGGGGGGAACUGAUGGUGACUCGGCUGAAAGAGGACCUUUACGGCACUGCCCUGCAAACACUUUAGCAAGAGUGUGAGACCAUCUCGCCAAACUUCACCAGCCAUUCCCGCCAAUCAUCACCAGAUAUAACCGCCAACUUCACCCGCCAAUCAUCACCAGAUAUAACCGCCA